CUGUACACCGUCCUUCAUAUUUUACUACCGAUAUGUGCAAUGCAUUAUGUGUUUAAACUGUGUCGUAAACAGAAACUAGCAGAAUAUUUAGGGGCGUGACCAUUUGGGUUUGAGUAAAAAUGGAAGUUAAAACAUUUGUAUUAAUUGUGUUUAUAAGCAUAUUACAGUCUAAAUAACAUUCAUUUGGUGGAGUUAAAUACAAAUUGAAUUUCAUGAACAUCUAGGCAGUUGUUGUUUAUUUAUAAAAUGGCUACCGCUGUUUGUUCAGCUAAUAAAAGUUCAGAUUUAGUAAAGGACUAUAUGUGUAGUGCUUGCGAAGAGAAACAGUUUGAAAAAAGUGCACAAAACUACUGUAAACAAUGUCUUAAGCUAUUUUGUGACAAAUGUAUUAACCAUCAUGAUCAGUUAUACGAAAAACAUUUGACGCUCGGGAGGGGAGACAUUAACCAAUGGCCCCUCAAUAAAAAAACAGAGGAUUUUCUACAAAAAUGUGAGGUCCACGUAGGAAUGAAACUGGAAAUGUUCUGCGAAGACCACAGUCAGCUGUGCUGCACUAAUUGUGAUUUCCUAAAUCACAGACAGUGCAAAGGGGUGACACUUAUUUCUGAGACAGUAAAAAAAACAAUCAACAGACCUACAGCAAUUGUCAGACGAAAUUAUAACUAUUCUAAACGAAUUUAAACAGCUUCGAACAACCAUAGAUGACCGCUUUAAGUCUGUGGAAGACUCGUACAGAGAACGUCUUCAAGAAGUCAGAGAUGUGCGACAAAAACUAAAUGCUGCUUUAGAUGAACUUGAAAAGAAGACUCUGAAAGAAAUGGAAGACACAAGGUCUGCACUACUAGCCUCCCUCAAGACUGAUCUAGAUAACUGUAACAUACUUGAGGAUGAACUAAAACAACUUAGUGAAGCUGUACUUGACCUUAUUAAUAAAAGUGAGCAGGAGCUCUCAUUUAUUGCUGGUAUAAAAUGUCUGGACAUGAUUCAGGAGUCAGAAACAUAUCUGAAUGAAAUCUGUGUUAACGUUCAAUGUUCAUUUCUAUUCCAGGAAAACACGGACAUUGAAAAAUAUUUGUCCAAACAGUCAGGCUUGGGAAAGAUUUUUCAAAAGAUUGUAAAUCCAGACCAGCUGAUCACUGUGAAGGGAAAGGCAGAGUAUAAUGUUAAAAUAUCACGUGAUUCUUUUACAUGUUUCAUCACAGGCAUUUGUUGUCUCGCCAGUGGUCAGGUUAUUGUUGCCGAUCAAAGAAAUAAGAGAGUAAAGCUGCUAAACCAGCAAUACGAAGUGAUCGGGCACUGUGAAGUGUCAGGAACUAUAUGGGACUUAUGCCAUAUAUCAUGCAAUAAGGUGGCAGUUACCUUGGGUGGUCAGUCGCAUGGUGUCCAGUUGUUUUAUGUGAACAAUGCACAGCUUGUGAAUGGGGGGCACUUCCAGUUACAGCACGAUGUUGUUGGUAUUGCCCACCACAAGGGGGCAUUAUAUGUCACCUCUCGCACUGCUCUGUAUCAGUACACGCUGACCGGGAUACUUGUGAACAAGUUGUACCAAUAUGAAUAUGCCAAUAGCGUAUGGAAGUGUGCCUUAAGUCCAACUGGUGACAAGAUUCAUGUGAAUGACUAUACCCGACACAAGCUCCUUACACUUACCAGAGAUGGAACACUCAUAUAUGCCUUCACUGACCCUGAACUCCAACUACCUUAUGGCGUCUCCUGCUGGACAAAUUCUGGUUUGUGGAGAAUCAUCAAAAACUAUUAUACAAUUGGAUAAAGAGGGCAGAAAGAAACUAGCAACUUUUGCUACACUGACGGGAGAAGUUAGUACACCUUUGUCUGUCGUCUACAACUGUAACACUGACUCUGUAAUUGUCGGGUUUUAUUACAGCAAUACAAUUCUGGUGUUUAAAGUUCAAUAGCACUUGAUGAAAAAAAAGUUGGAGGGAGUAACAUUAUUGGGGGAGAAUUUAGUCAUCGAUUAUAUAUUCUUUUCUUUUGAUUGUCUGUGCAACUUUAAAGGGCAAUACACUUUUUUUUAUUGAAAGCACUUGUCUAAUGCGUUCCUUGUAUCACAUCUAUUGGACUUAAAAGAUAUCUGACAAAUCUGUCAGUACCAAAUUCCGGUCCAGAGUAAGCAUCAACUACGCAUCCUUGAGAUUCUUUGUUUCAGGGAUUUUGAAAAUUUAUGUAUCAAAUUACCCCUGUGCUUUAAAUAAUCAAGGGUUUAAAAACUUGAGUCAAGUGGUUUUUCCUAUAAGACGGUUAAGUAAUCUGAUUAUGCUGUUUUGUAUGAACAUACAUGCAAUACGAAUCAAACAUUAUAAAUUGUAUGACAUAAAUAUAAUUAUAAGAGAGAGCUUCUUGGUCACAUUUGCAUUGAGAUGAUGCAAGGCAGAUUAUUCGAAGGAGUCAACAGUAAGAACAUUGUAAAGUGGUUACAUAAAAAGCAUUAAUCUAUAUCAAUUGAAAUCCAUGAAGAUUAGCUUUUUUUUUUAAGAGGCGUGUUUCAGCGGUACAUUGUCUUCUGCUCAAUUUCUUUCAGUGUUAUUAAACUUUGAAUAUAUCUGAAUAGUUUACAGAAACAAUUUCCUCUGGGUAUUAAUGAGGAACUGCUGGUCAUAAUUAUAGAAUUUACAGGCGAAACUUAAUCAUCGAGCAGGAUUAUUCAGAUAAUAUACAAACAUAUUUGUCAAUCAAAAUGGGCGUACGUUUGUUAUAAAUUAUUACAUGUAUUAAAGGGACUUUCUUUGUUUUUGACAUUUUAUAGACACAAUGGCAAUUUUUAUUUUUUCAUGCGUUUGUAAUGGAUUCAUCGUUCCAAAUUUAAAGUUACAAAUGGUAAUAAUAUAUGUACUAUAAUAUGGUAAUAAUAGAUGUUACCAAAUGUUGUAAUAUACAUAAAUGGAGGUUUCAGUUACACUAAUUGCAUGCUAAAUUUAGAGUGAGAGAUGGUAACAAAUACAAUUAACUAAGCUGACUUAUUAUAAUUUCUCACCUGAAUGUUACACGUCAAAGCAACUUUUCUUCAUAAUUGUUUUAGCACAAUUAAAUACGUUAUACUAAUACAUUCAUACAUUGUUAUUCUGGUGAUUGCAUAUUUGCUGUCUGUAUUAACGAUAAUAAAAUGUGGAUUACUGUAUUAUAGUAAAUUAUGCCAAGCACA